AUGCUUGGAGAUCAGUGCGGUCUCCACGUAGACCGAGCUCUGCUCAGCCAGUCCCCCAAAACUGGACUCCGCUGCAGAAUGGUGCUUCAGACAGUCAGCAGCGUGCUCAGGAAGUCUAAAGCGAAGCCCAAUGGCAAGAAGCCUGCUGCGGAGGAGAAGAAGAUGUACUUGGAGCCAGAGCACACCAAGUCUAGGAUCACUGACUUUGAAUUCAAGGAGCUGGUGGUGCUGCCCCGGGAGAUUGACCUCAACGAGUGGCUGGCUAGCAACACAACGACGUUUUUCCACCAUAUCAACCUGCAGUAUAGCACAAUCUCAGAGUUCUGCACGGGGGAGACGUGCCAGACGAUGGCUGUGUGUAACAUACAGUACUGCUGGCACGAUGAGCGGGGGAGGAAGGUGAAGUGCACGGCCCCGCAGUACAUCGACUUUGUCAUGAGCUCCGUGCAGAAGCUGGUGACUGACGAGGACGUCUUCCCCACCAAGUAUGGCAGAGAAUUCCCCAGCUCUUUCGAGUCCUUGGUGAAGAAGAUCUGCAGGUACCUGUUCCACGUGCUGGGCCACAUCUACUGGUCCCACUUCAAGGAGACCCUGGCCCUUGAGCUGCACGGACACUUGAACACUCUCUACAUCCACUUCAUCCUCUUCGCCAGGGAGUUCAACCUGCUCGACCCCAAAGAGACCGCCGUCAUGGAUGACCUCACUGAGGUGCUGUGCAGUGGUGCUGGCGGGGGCUGCAGUGGGGGCAGCGGGGACGGGGCCAGCAGCGGGGGCCCAGGGGCACAGAACCACGUGAAGGAGAGAUGAGCCCCCAGGGCCGGACAGGGGUGCACAUGUGCAAAGAGACAAUCGUGUGUGUUCUCUCCGUGUGUCCGCGUGUGUGCGCACGUGCCUGCCACGCUCGCCAGCCAGGUCUGAGGGAGGCCCUGGGCUGUGCUGAGUGUGGGC